UAUUUUGACAUUGCAAUUGCAACUAUUUCAUCAUUUCAAGAAGCAUACGCAAGGCUGGAUUUUCUUUAUGCAUAAAUUAAAGCAUCAAGCAGCUGUCGUGUAAUUUGUUUCAAUAAAAACGAUGGUAUUUAGUUCGACUUCACAGGUGCUGUUCAGCCCUAGCCUGAGCCCAACCCAAAACAACAGAAGAAAAAAAAAAAAAAACCCAAAAAAUUUCACAACACUAGCCAUUUGUUGGAAUUCAUUUCCAUUAAAUUCUUCUCUUUUUUGGUUCCGUGGUGACUCAUGGUUGUCUGACCACCGCACUGACAUACUCUGGUAGUUCUAGCGUUCAUUACUGAUACUCGAGGCAGUAGUAGUAGAGUUGAGAUAGACGUGUGUAUUUGACCAAUGACGUUGGACUUGUUGGAUUGCUCAACAGUUCCGCUUCAGUGCCCGUCUACUUGUUCCGCUUUUUCACCCACAGCCGUUAUUAUUAUUCUUUUUCAAGAGAACGACCGGAACAACCUGUUUCGUUUGCGGUUCCCAGUGUUCCACCUCGUUGGAGCUUAGCUUAGUUCAGUCUCAGAUAUGUAUGAGCCGAAUGCUCCUCCAAAAGGAGGUUAUCCGCCAGCUCCAGGAGCACAGCCACCACCUUAUUCUGAACAGGGAGUGUCAUAUCCCCCACCAGCACUGGGACAUCCUGGAUAUGGUGGAUAUCCUCCACCUAUAGUUGGACAGCCUGAAAUUGGUUUUGCUGGUGGGGCUUAUCCAGCAUACCCUCAACCAAGUGCCCAGGCAUACCCACAGCCAUACCCAUAUCCCCAACCUUAUCAGCCUCAACCAAAUCAACCUUAUGGAGGACCUGCUCCAGGACAGCCAAUUGUUGUCCAACCAACAGCACAAUCCACUGGUGCAGGAGAAUGGAUGCCAUUGCAACCAGCAUUUCAACAAAAUUCAAACUGUCCACCUGGACUGGAAUACCUGACUGCCAUUGAUCAACUGUUGGUUCACCAAAAAGUCGAACUUCUUGAAGCUUUUACUGGAUUUGAAACUACCAACAAGUACACAGUGAAAAAUUCGAUGGGACAAAAAGUCUUUCGUGCGACUGAAAUCUCCGACUGUUGCACCCGUCAACUUUGCGGACCGAACCGCGCAUUUGAUAUGAAAAUUGUCGAUAACAACGAUCAUGAAGUCAUUCAUCUCAACCGGCCUCUAGCCUGUUCGUCUUGUUUCUUUCCUUGUUGCUUACAGACCAUGGAAGUAACCGCUCCACCAGGCACUGUAAUCGGUUCUAUUCAGCAAGAAUGGAGCAUCAUUAAACCCAAAUUCAGCAUUAAAGAUGCUUCGGGAGAAACAGUGCUAACCAUAGAAGGACCGUUCUGUACCUUCAGCAUGUGUGGAGAUGUGGAAUUUAAUGUUUACUCUAGAGGCGGUGACAAAGUUGGCAAGAUAAGCAAACAAUGGAGCGGAUUGGUUCGCGAAGCUUUCACCGAUGCCGAUAUGUUUGGUAUAAAUUUCCCGCUUGAUCUUGAUGUGCGUAUUAAAGCCGUUAUGCUGGGUGCCUGCUUUCUUAUCGAUUUCAUGUUCUUCGAAAAGUCUGGCGACAAAGAAACCGACCGGCCAGGGAUGCUGUAAACAAGUUGUGGAUACACAAAGGUCUGAAAGGAAUCUUUCCGAGUUACAAAGAAUCUACUUGCCAUCAAAUUUAUUCACAAAAAUUAUUUAUACAGUAAUUGGUGCUGGAUGGUUUCUUUUUUCUACAACCUUUAGAAAUUUGCUUUUUUUUUCUUCCCUAAUGAUGUUUGAUUGUGCUAAACUGGCUUUGUUAAAGACCCUCUUUCAACAGUCAAGUCCACUUAUUCCACUUUAUGCCUGGGUUGUACAAGACUAUGUGCAUAGAGCUCCAUUUUCAGUCAAAGACUGGAAACCACCAUUGCCAUUUAAUGACUAAAUAGCCAAUUUACGUACGUACAGUUGCCAUCAUUAUAUUUGUGUGUGCCACCUUAUUAGUGUCAUAUUGUCCCGUGCCUAUCCACUUCAAGCCAAUCUUGUUUAUAAUUUUGGUGUAGUAUCUAGUAAACGAAAUAAGUUAAUCCAGCAAUCA